AUGGCGCAGCAGAGCGCGCUGUCCUCGGCGCUGGACCGCAUCGUCCAAGAGCUCCGCUCGAGACACGAUGAAAUCAGGCAAAAGGGCGCGCACAACCUGCGGCAGACGGUCGAGGCGGCGCAUCGAGAGCUGGCACCCGCCGUCUUCACCAACUUCUACGGUGAAGUCUACGGCAAGAUCUCGAGCCUCAUCGUCGGCGGCAGCGACUCCAACGAACGCAUCGGCGGCAUCCACGCCCUCAACGCCCUCAUCGACUUCCGCGGCGACGAUGCCGGCACCAAGACGACGCGCUUUGCCUCGUACCUGCGCGCGGUCAUGCGCGGCCAGGACACGACGUCGAUGGUGGUCGCAGCCAAGGCUCUCGGCCGCCUCGCGAAGCCCGGCGGCACCCUUACGGCCGAGCUGGUCGAGGCCGAAGUCAAGGGCGCGCUGGAAUGGCUGCAGCUGGAGCGCCUGGAGAACCGCCGCUUCGCCGCUGUCCUGAUCCUGCGCGAGCUGGCCAAGAACUCGCCCACGCUCAUGUACCAGUGGAUCGCCCAGAUCUUCGAGGUCAUCUGGGUCGCCCUCCGCGAUCCAAAGGUGCUCAUAAGAGAGUCCGCUGCGGAGGCGAUCAGCGCCUGCUUCGAGAUCAUCUCGCCACGAGAUUCGGCUAUGCGCCAGCUGUGGUUCGGCAAGGUGUACGACGAGAUCUUUCGCGGGUUCACAAUUGGCACCAACGAGGCGAUACACGGAUCCCUGCUCACAAUGAAGGAGCUGCUGGAUAAGAGUGCGUACUUUAUGAACGAGGCGCGCUUCAAAGAGACAGCCGAGACGGUACUCAAGUACCGCGAGCAUAGAGAUACCCUUGUCCGCAGGGAGGUCGUACUUAUUAUUCCACGACUAGCCAGUUAUUCGCCAACAGAAUUCGCUGCGAAGUAUCUCCACCAGUGCAUGCUGCACUUGCAAGGUCUGAUAAGGAAGGACCGCGAUCGCGACAAGGCCUUUGUCGCAAUUGGGCAGGUUGCAAAUGCCGUCGGAGUUGCCAUCUCACCGUACCUCGAGGGCAUCCUCGGCUUCAUUCAGGAAGGUCUGACAGCGAAAGCGCGAAACAAGAGCGCCGUCAACGAGGCUCCGAUAUUUCAAUGUCUCAGCAUGAUCGCAGCAGCUGUUGGACAGGCUCUGACAAAAAGCGUUGAACGAUUGCUGGAUCCUAUCUUCUCUUGCGGGCUGAGCGACUCCCUGUUCCAGGCUCUAGUCGACAUGGCGCACUACGUGCCACCAUCACGACCGAUGAUUCAGGAAAAGCUCCUGGAUCUCCUCAGUCAGAUCCUUGCACAAAGGCACUUCCUGCCCCUCGGCAGUCCAUAUCAAGUAUCACAACCCCCACAGAUCUGGACGCGAGAGCGACAAGAUCCCACAAUCAUCCCCGCGCGAGAGGCUGAGAUCGCUCUUGCGCUCCACACACUUGGCAGCUUCGACUUCACCGGACACGUACUGAACGAGUUUGUCCGCGAUGUUGCUAUCCGUUACGUCGAGGCAGACAACCCGGAGAUCCGCAAGCGCGCCGCCCUGACAUGUUGUCAGUUGUUCGUCAAAGAUCCGAUAGUACAUCAGACUAGCACUCACGCUACCAAAGUGGUCGGUGACAUCAUCGAGAAGCUUUUGACAGUUGGCGUGGGCGACGUGGAUUGGGAGAUCCGAUGGGAAGUGCUGCUCGCGCUCGAUGCUCGCUUCGACCGCCACCUCGGAAAAGCCGACAAUGUCAGAACGCUGUUUCUGGCUCUCAACGACGAGAUCUUCGUGAUUCGGCAGGCCGCUAUGGCUAUUAUAGGACGUUUGACCGCAGUGAACCCGGCCUAUGUGUUCCCGUCGCUCCGCAAAGUCCUGCUGCAGUUGUUGACCGAGGUCAACUACGCCAACAGCCCACGAAGUAAAGAGGAAAGUGCGAAGCUCAUCAGUAGUCUAGUUGGCGCAGCUGACAGCCUUAUCAAACCGCUCGUCGAUCCUAUUGUCACUGUACUUUUGCCCAAGGCGAAAGACCCGAAUCCAGAGGUCGCCUCAACUACGCUCAAGGCUAUUGGCGAUCUCGCCUCGGUGGGCGGCGAAGGCAUGAUCAAGUACAUCCCCGAGCUGAUGCCGGUGAUUCUGGACUUCAUGCAGGACAUGAGCUCGGACUCGAAACGCUUCUCGGCGCUGAAAGCCCUUGGACAACUCGCUACCAACGCUGGCUAUGUCAUCGAGCCGUAUAGGGACUACCCGGAGCUAAUGAACAUCUUGAUGAGUAUUGUCAAAACCGAGCCUGAGGGCGAGCUGCGACGGGAAACUGUCAGACUUAUGGGAACUCUUGGCGCCCUUGACCCAGACGAGUACCAGAAGAUCAUGGAGCAGUCACCGGAUCAACAACUCAUUCUGGAAGCACAGGCUGUAACGGAUGUCUCGCUCAUCAUGCAGGGCAUCACUCCUUCGAAUGAGGAGUAUUAUCCCACCAUUGUUAUCAGCACGCUCAUGGGGUUGUUGAAAGAUUCGUCGCUGAUGCAGUUCCACUCCGCAAUCGUUGAUGCUGUCAUGAACAUCUACGCAACUAUGGGACUGAAGUGCGUGCCGUUCCUCAACCAGGUCGUUCCUGGGUUUCUCCAAGUCAUCCGUUCCACACCAGCUGGACGCUCGGAGGGCUACUUUAAUCAGCUCAGCCAGUUGGUCCGCAUUGUGCGCCAGCACAUCCGUCCAUACCUCCCUUCGAUCUUGACGUGCGUCAAAGAGUACUGGGGCAAUAACCCUCAGUUGCAAGCCACCAUCUUGUCACUCAUUGAAGCUAUCGCACGAUCGCUUGAAGGAGAGUUCAAGGUCUACCUGGCAGAUGUCCUUCCUCUGAUGCUGAGUGUCCUCGAUUCAGACACCACUGGAAAGAGACUGCCGUCCGAGAGGGUGUUGCACGCUUUCUUGAUCUUCGGGUCAAGUGCUGAGGAGUACAUGCAUCUCAUCAUUCCUAUCAUGGUGAAGAUGUUUGACAAGCCGGGCCAGCCACAUCACAUCCGCAGACUAGCGAUAGAAACGCUAGGUCGACUGUCAAAGCAGGUGAACGUGUCUGAGUUUGCUGCACGCAUCAUUCACCCUCUCUGCCGAGUUCUAUCUGGCACCGACUCGGCUCUCAGGCAGACAGCUCUUGAGACCCUUUGUGCGUUGAUCUUCCAACUCGGGCCCGACUAUAUCCAUUUCGUGCCGACAGUGAACAAGGUCUUGAUCGCGAACAAGGUUCCCCAUGAGAACUAUGGCCGCAUCGUGUCCAAGCUGCAAAAGGGUGAGCCCCUGCCACAAGAUCUGAGUCCGGACGAGCGAUACGGAGAAGACGAUGAGGACCUCAAUCCCGCCGAGAUUCUUACAAAGAAGCUAGCAGUCAACCAGCAGCAUCUCAAGGCGGCGUGGGAGGCUUCAUCCAAGACUACAAAAGAGGAUUGGGUCGAAUGGAUGCGCAGAUUCAGUGUUGAGCUUCUUAGAGAGUCUCCACAGCAAGCGCUGCGUGCCUGCACCCCGCUCGGCAGCAUCUACAACCCUAUUGCCAGAAGCUUAUUCAACUCGGCAUUCGUCUCGUGCUGGACUGAGCUGUAUGAUCAGUAUCAAGAAGAACUUGUACGAUCGAUCGAGGCUGCGCUCACGUCUCCAAAUAUCCCACCUGAGAUCCUGCAGAUUCUUCUCAAUCUGGCUGAAUUCAUGGAGCACGACGAUAAGGCAUUGCCCAUCGAUGUCAGAAUACUGGGAAUGUACGCCGGAAAAUGCCAUGCGUUUGCAAAGGCGUUGCAUUACAAGGAACUAGAGUUCAAUGCCGAGCAAAACUCAAGUGCGGUAGAGGCUCUUAUCAGUAUCAACAACCAGCUGCAGCAAACGGACGCCGCUUUUGGAAUCCUGCGAAAAGCUCAGGGGUAUACGGACGUCGAGCUGAAGGAGACAUGGUUCGAAAAGUUGCAGCGGUGGGACGAAGCUUUGCAUUCCUAUCAACGGAGAGAGCUUGAAGAACCAGACUCGUUCGAAAUCACCAUGGGUAAGAUGCGUUGUCUGCACGCCCUUGGUGAAUGGGAUCUGCUCUCGAGCCUGUCAAAGGAGAAGUGGGCCAAUGCCAGUCAGGAAUACCGCAAGGCGAUAGCACCGCUUGCUGCAACGGCUGCAUGGGGUCUGGGUAAAUUCGCCGACAUGGACUCUUAUCUGAGCGUCAUGAAAGAGCAGUCCCCAGACCGGGCAUUCUUCGCUUCCAUCCUUAACAUUCAUAACAACCGAUUCGAGAUUGCAAUCGAGGAAAUUGCUAAGGCUCGGAAGGGUCUGGACACGGAACUUAGUUCGCUGCUGGGCGAGUCGUACCAGCGUGCCUAUCUGCCCAUGAUCCGUGUGCAGAUGCUGGCUGAGCUUGAAGAAAUCAUGCUGUACAAGCAGCUGGGCAUCAAAGAGAAUCGCGAGAAGCAGGCAUCAAUGCGAAAGACCUGGAUGAAGCGACUCAAGGGGCUGCAACCCAACCCUGAGGUCUGGCAGCGCAUGAUGAAGGUGCGACAACUCGUCAUUUCACCCGAAGAGGGCACCGACAUGUGGAUCAAGUACACCAAUCUUUGUCGCAAGAACAACAGAAUGAACCUUGCGAACAAGGCGCUGCAGAAGCUACUCAAUAUCGAGGGCACGGGCGACCACAGAGUUGUCGAAUAUGUGCGCGAGAAUGCACACAAGAUCUCUCACCCCGUGGCGUACGCAACAUACAAGUACAUGUGGGCUGAUCAGCACACUCAACAAGAGGCGCUCGAUUCUAUGAAGGACUUCACAGCCCGACUGUCUGAUGAUCUUGCUAUGCGCGCAAGAGCGGCCACACAUCCAAUGAUGGGACAGAAUGGCAUGAACGGCGUAAAUGGUAUGACUAAUGGUCAUCCCCAGCUAUUCAACAACAUGAACCCCUUCGCUGCAUCUAAUGGUGUUAAUGGCAUGGCAGGUUCCAACACGAUUAAUGGGUCUGCCAUGGGCGUCUCACCUGCCGAACUAGCCGAGUGCCACCGUCUACUCGCGAAGUGUUAUCUGAAGCAGGGCGACUGGCAACAAGAGAUUCAAGGUGGAGAGUGGGAGCACGAGCACGUCCACGAGAUCUUGUCUGCCUACGCCGCUGCCACGAGGUAUAACCAAAACUGGUAUAAGGCAUGGCACGCCUGGGCACUCGCCAAUUUCGAGGUCAUCAACUCGAUCACAUCGAAGGCCGAUCGGGAGUCUACGGACGUGCCCUCUAAUAUGGUACACGACCACGUCGUUCCGGCUAUCCAUGGCUUCUUCAAGUCCAUUGCAUUGUCAUCGACGAGCUCGCUGCAGGAUACGCUUCGCCUGCUCACACUGUGGUUCAGCCAUGGUGGUCUUCCGGAAGUCAACAGGACUAUCACCGAAGGCACAAAGUCGGUGCCGAUCGAUACUUGGCUGGAGGUCAUCCCUCAGCUGCUCGCGAGAAUCAACCAGCCAAACCCCACAGUACGGCAGUCGAUUCACCAACUGUUGAUUGAAGUUGGGAAGGCGCAUCCACAAGCCCUCGUCUUCCCAUUGACUGUCAGCAUGAAGUCGGAUGUUUCUAGGCGCCAACGAUCUGCAAAGGAGUUGAUGGAAGCCAUGCGCGAACACUCGCCUCGUCUAGUCGAACAGGCCGACCUUGUCAGCCACGAGCUCAUCCGUAUCGCGGUACUCUGGCAUGAACAAUGGCACGAAGGACUAGAGGAAGCGAGUAGACUGUACUUCGGCGAUCAUAACAUAGACGGUAUGUUCGCCACACUCGCGCCAUUGCACGCCAUGCUCGACAAGGGUCCGGAAACAUUGCGCGAAAUCAGCUUCAUCCAGUCAUUCGGUCGCGAACUCCAGGAGGCUCGAGACUGGUGCAAUACAUUCAGGACCUCUGGGGAAAUAGGUGAUCUUAAUCAGGCAUGGGAUCUCUACUACCAGGUGUUCCGCAAAAUUGCACGUCAGCUACCAUCACUCAUGUCGCUUGAGUUGCAAUACGUCUCGCCCAAACUCAAGGAUGCCCACGACCUCGAGCUGGCUGUACCGGGAACCUACCAGGUUGGCAAGCCGGUCAUCCGCAUCAUCUCUUUCGACCCACUAGCCUCCGUCAUUCAAUCCAAGCAACGUCCUCGCAAACUGGAGAUGCAGGGAAGCGAUGGCAAGCCUCACCUCCACAUUCUCAAGGGCCACGAAGAUAUCCGUCAGGACGAGCGUGUCAUGCAACUGUUCGGUCUCUGCAAUACCCUUCUGGCCAACGAUGUCGAAUCACGGAAGCGCCAUCUCAACAUCCAACGCUAUGCUGCUGUACCGCUUAGCACGCAGUCUGGUCUCCUCGGUUUCGUGCCAAACAGUGAUACAUUGCAUGUCCUUAUUAGGGAGUAUCGUGACAGUAGGAAAAUCCUGUUGAAUAUUGAACACCGAAUCAUGCUGCAGAUGGCACCGGAUUACGACUGCCUCACUCUGAUGCAGAAGGUCGAAGUCUUCGGAUACGCGCUCGACAACACCACUGGCCAAGACUUGUACCGUGUACUUUGGCUCAAGAGCAAGAGCUCUGAAUCCUGGCUCGACCGUCGUACAAACUACACGCGCUCGCUCGCCGUCAUGUCGAUGGUUGGCUACAUUCUCGGUCUCGGCGAUCGCCAUCCUUCCAACUUGAUGCUCGAUAGAGUCACGGGUAAGAUCGUGCAUAUCGACUUUGGCGACUGUUUCGAAGUGGCUAUGCAUCGCGAGAAAUAUCCUGAGCGAGUGCCGUUCCGUCUUACCCGCAUGUUGACGUAUGCCAUGGAAGUUAGCAACAUCGAAGGCAGCUACCGAACAACAUGCGAGCAUGUGAUGCGUGUGCUCAGGGACAACAAGGAGUCUGUCAUGGCCGUGCUCGAAGCUUUUAUACACGACCCCCUCCUGACGUGGCGCCUUGGCAACCGUGGCGACUCUCCGCCCGAACCGAACUACCCAUCUGAGCGCCGCCAAUCCAUCAUGGGCGAUAUCUCUGAUAUGGGCUCGAUGGUGCGCAACAGGCACCGCUCCAGCAUCGCGCCGCCCAACGAGGCGGAAGCGAAGGAAGUACAGAACGCAAGGGCGCUGCAGGUUUUGUCGCGUGUCAAGGAGAAGCUCACGGGUAAAGACUUCAGACAGGGCGAGGAGCUGAAUUACCAGAUGCAGGUCGAUCGUCUGAUCAAGGAAGCAACGAAUCUGGAGAAUCUGUGCCAGCACUACAUCGGUUGGUGUAGUUUCUGGUAA